AUGGCGAGGAGAAUCCUGGAGAAAAAGCCGCGUUAUGUCCCGGUUACCCGCCUGCCUGUCAUCUCCGAGGGCGAGGAACGUCACAGAAACGCCGUCCUCAUAUGUCCUCGUCGUUCUGUGUGUGGACCUGUGGUGGACUACGCUAUGCAGGAGGAGCCGUGUGGGCCUCGCGUGGUGCGGCACGAGGGAGCUGCGGGCAUCCCCGCCCAGGUUGUUCUCCAGGAGACUUUGGUCAAGUCAACGCCCCCGGUUCCCCCGUGCCAAGUUCCCUUCGCUUUUGGGACCGGUACCGGGUCCCGUGCGACUCCCCCGACGUCCCUCCCCACACGUGCGCUGCUGCCGCCUCGCAGCUGCCCGGACCCUUCUCCCUUACCUGGUGGCUCGACCGUUCGCUUUUACAGCGUCGUGACCAAGAGGUGGUUUGAGGGGCCGUUCCAGAGGAGCGUGUUGGAUCUCUCCUUGCAGUGGAGGUUUGCCAGACUGCCCAACAAUGCCAAGCUGGAGAUGGUGCCGGUCUCCAGCAGAGGGGCAGUCGGAAGCACGGUUCGGAUUGCAUUGCAGUUAGAUGAUGGCUCCCGUUUACAAGACACUUUUCACUGUCAGCAGGCUUUGUGGGAACUUCUCAACCAUUUUGCAAAGAUCAGGGAGUUUAUGGAACAGCCUGGUGAAUUCUCUCCAGUCUGUAUUUACAUGCGAGAUGAGAUAACAGGAAAAGAUGCCCUAGAGAAGACAACACUGAAGUCACUUGGCCUGACUGGAGGCAGUGCCAUCAUCAGAGUUGUCAUGAAGAAGUGCAGCUCAUCUGGUCAGGAGGAAGCUGUGGGUGCCACCGUGCCAUGUGAUGAGCUGACAGGGAGGCCAGACUCUGUUGAAGCAGCAGUGGAUGUGCCCCUACCUCAAGCAAACACAUUCCCAGAGGACUUGGACCACAGGGAGGUGGCCAUGUCUUUAAACAGCUCCACAGACAAGCAAGACUCAGUUAGAGAAUCCCAUGCCAGCUUGGAGGAGCUGCGGCCUUCGCCAGAGCCCAAGUCUACCCCAUUUGUCCCUUUUUUUGGAGAUGGACAGCGUCUGGGGGACUCUUCCGUAGCUGCACUAUCUCUUGGGUUAGAUACGCCAUCUUCAAAGCUGCCAACGACUUUUUCCAGCCCUGGAGGUCCCUCAAAGCCAAAGAAGUCAAAGAACAGCCAAGAACUGCAGAAGGAGCAGGAACAGCUUGUAGAACGAGAGCCACUGGUGUGUCACCUAGACCUACUAGAACCACUUCCUGCUGGUCCAGAAGAGCUUCCUGAUGAAUUUUUUGAAGUCACGGUGGAUGACGUACGGAAACGUUUGGCACAGUUGCAGAGUGAGAGGAAACGCCUGGAAGAAGCUCCACUGAUGACAAAAUCUUUGAGGGAGGCUCAGCUGAAGGAGAAGUUAGAGCGUUACCCAAAGGUGGUGUUGAGAGUCCAUUUUCCAGACCGUCAUCUUCUACAGGGGUUCUUCCAUCCUAGUGAAACUGUUGGCAUUUUGAGAGACUUCGUCAGAAGCCACCUUGCAGAGGCAGACUUGCCAUUUUACUUGUUUAUUGCACCUCCCAGAAUCAUCUUGAACGAUGAAAGUUUGACACUCUUCGAGGCUAAACUCUUUCCAACUGCUGUCAUUCAUUUUGGGUCCGAGGAGUACAGGGAUUGUUACCUGAGAUCAGACCUGCUGAGCUCUGCAGUCUCCCCUUCUGCAGCUGAUUUAUUAGUAGCCAGAUGUUUGUCCAAAUCGUUAGUUCCUUCUGCUUCGUCAUCUUUAGAAUCAACAGCUCUGUCCCUGUCUGAACCAGAAGUGGGUGGUGACAGAAAGUCUGACAAGCAGCCAGAGCCAGCAAGAGUGCAGGAAGCUCCACAGGUGUUGAGAAGGACCCCUGGGAAAAUACCCAAAUGGCUGAAGCUGCCAGGUGGGAAGAGAUGAAACGUUCUGGGCUGCUGGAUCAGUGAGCAGUCAGCUGUGCCCCUUUCCUGAUGAACUUAUUCAAAACGUGUAAGAAGUUGGUGGUGGCCCUGGAGAGACCUAAGCUGUAUGGACAUUAGUUAUAAAUAGAAAAUUGCUAUUUCAGAUGCAAGUUUCAGCUUCUGGAGGAGUGGAAGGCCUGUUUGUGGUCUUCGUGACUGCAGAAGCAAGGUUAGAGGUUAAAUUUAAGGUUUCUUGCAUGCAAAUAUGAAUAGAGAAUUAAGGGGGAAAUAAUUCCUAUAUACUUUCUGUGAAGGACUUUCUUUCUAUCCAUAUUUUUAAAAUCAAAUCUUCCCAGUUCUCCCUCAGAGACAAUGUGAGUCUAGCUGCCGGAAUUCUAGUGACAAGAUACAAUCCCACUGUCAAGUGCUGCCUCUGCUUCCUGCUGGCUGGCGUGCUGAUAACUCUGGGCAUAGAUAGCUGGAAAGUGAGUGAAGAAGAAGCACUUAAGUCGCUUAAAAUAGUUCAAAUAGGCUUUUCCUGGGAACCUCCUGGUCUGCAGCACUUGUAUUCUUUUCAGUUGCCAGAAUCUUAUUAACAAAGAACACAGGUAUCUCUUAAUGGAGUGCACGUGGAGUUUUUCUGCCCCAAGCUCUGUGUUUUAUUUUCACUACAUACAGUUAAUGUCGGUAAUUACAGUUACAGUGAGGAAGAAACCCACCAGUAACAGGGUCUGUUCAUGUGACCUUUGAUCUGUGGACUUCUGUGGCCCAAAAGUGUCCAGAGCAGCUGCUCUCUGCAGUGCAGUUAGUGCACAGAGGGGAGCACCAGCCCACAUCUGUGUCUCCUGCAGGUGUUGUGCAAGGACGAAAGUUGCUGGUUAGAACUGUGCUUACACUGGAGAUGAACUCUGUAGUGCCACAGCAGCCAUGGGGCUGUAUUUUAUUGGGAGUCUCCACGGCUCAGUGGUUCAUACUGGGGUUCCAUGUUACGGUAAUACCAUGGUUUCCAUUUUCCCUGCAUAGACAGUUGUUCCCUGAACUACGUGUGCAUCUGCACAAUUUGUAGCUGUAAUAAAGCAGAGUGGCCAUAGGAGGCCUUUUUGUCGGUCUCUUUGAUAAUUCGUUUCUUCCCCCUGUACUCAGUUUCUCUGUCAGUUCACAGGAACCUGCUCCCUUUUCAAUGGGCCUGUCAUGCCUCAUUCCCUUCCUCCCAUUUUUUUUUAACAAAGCAAAACAGAGCUUUGUACCAUCUGAAUGAACUUCAAAGUGGCUAGAAAGGGCACCCAGGGUUCCUGGCACUUGUCAUUGUCUCCCAGCCUGGCCAACAUUUUCCUUCAGGUCUAAUUACUUCCAAAUGCUCCCAGAUGCUUUGAAGAAACUCAGAGGGAGGGGGAGGCAUGAAAGAAAGGUGGAAGAGGAAAAAGGAGACUCAAAGUGGAGGGAGCUGAAUGCUUUAGCAAACAUGUUGAUUGAUUUCUUCUAUGACACCCAAACAUAAACAGGGACUGUGUGCGGCCACUGGCAGCGGGGAUGCAAGAGCACUAUGUACAGCUGUUGCUCUUAAUCCUUCCUGGGGAAAGCAAGCCCUCCUGGCACUUGACAGGCUAUAAACGACAUACUACAGCAAAACAAAAUAUACUAAAAUAAUAUUUAAAGUUUAUUACUUCAGUGGAUUGAGCGUGGGCUGCAUGGGACUGUCUGUAUCUUGGUUUGGGUGCUGUCAGGUUUGCUCAUUUCACAGUGGUUGGAGGCAGACUGGAGCCAGGGCUGCUUGGCUGGAUUUAUGCAGAAUGUAUCGAGAGGCAACUAACAGCCAUAGCUAACGGUAGGUGAUGAUGUGCUUUUUGAUUCACAGGGUUAGUAUUAACAGCAGCAGUCUGGCUGGUAGAAGUUCUGUGCUUUCAGAUGUGCCUGUCUUACUGGUUAUAGAACAGAGGCAACAUCAGGUGGUGCUGGUUUGCUCAGCUGGUUUGAUUCCACCAGUUUUGACAAAGGGCUAACACCAUAACUACCACCUGCAAGUACCUGAUAUGGGAAAACAGGAGAAGUUUAGGGACAUGAGCAGCAAUGUCACUUACUGGGGCAGUUUCAUGGGUUAAGUACGGGGGUGAGGAUUCGGAGACUUCCUGGAGCUGGAUGUGCAUUACCUCAGCUCUGCCCACGCCUGUCCCCUGGGUAACUCAGCUCUGCACCAAACCCAAUGUAAUCUACUUUCAGGAGAGGGGAAGAUUGGUACUUUCUACAGCUAGAACACAGGCCUUAUUUCUCUUUCCCUAUGCAAAGAGUUAGUUUUAGGUGCUGCUGCUAUUAAAAUACUGCUUUACUACUGACAUUCAUGUCAGCAAUCCUCUUCAGUCGAGAAUGCUUGUGUACGGAUCGGGGAUGUUGGGAUGUGAACUCAAACCUUCUGGGGUGGCAGCUCAGACCUGUGUGUCAGCGGGUCAGCAUGGGGGAGAGAUGAGGAUUUGAAAUCCAGAAAAGGCAAGAAAGGAGGAGUGAAUUCUCUGAGGGACAAAAUGCCCUGGUAUUUAGAACUGCAGGCUCUUCACUCGGGUAGUGGCUCCAGGGAUUCACACCCUGCCACAGAACAAAACCCGCAGAUACCCAAGGAGCUGGGUUUGUUUCAGCAUCACUUCUGCUGUAGUAGCUGAACUCAUUGCUGGGGGUUUGGGGCAUUCAGAGGUAGUAUUGCAUAUUUUUUCUCUUGCCCUUUUUUACCAUAUGGUUGUGGGGCUGAAGGCUGAAGUAGGUCAGUUCCUCCCCUGGUUUCGUUGUACAGCUGCACAAACAGUUGUCUUGGCAAAGAGGCCGCAGUGCCGAGGGACGGGGCGCUGCUUAAACUAGUACUGUUAUCAGAGAGAAUGUGCAUUAAACUGUGGUUUUAGCUGAAGUUUCCAAGUGGCUGGCGUGGUGACCUUGAUAACUUCUGGCUGAAGGAGGACAGUGACCUACUGAGCCUCCUACAGCUGUCAGGGCAGGAGAGCAGCUCGCUGUCGCUCCUCGGGCGGCUGCAGCUCGGCAGCGAGAGCGUGCGAGCGCCGAGACACGCUGGUGUCAGCUGCUCCCUGCGCAGCCGGCUCUGCCCUUCCCAACAAAGCCGGUUCAGUUGUGUGGGUCCUGCCUACAUGUGUAGGGUUUCUUAUUUCACAGCUCCCCCCCGCCCCCCUGCCGGCCGAGGGGCCAGGCUGUCCCAUGAUGUGGGAUUUUCACACAUGCUGUUUGUUAUUCUGUCCUUUUUCCUUUCGUCCUACAAAGAUUUAGAGAAGAGGGUGGGUGAGGGGGAAACUUUGCAAGUCUUUGAAGCAACUUGACUUUCGAUGAUUAAUUGCAGCAAAGAGCCUGCACAAGGGAGGGAGACUCGGUUUUAAUUUAUUGAUGUUUCUUUGUGAGAACAAAUUUAUAGCAGAGGGGAAGCAGUUUCUGAGAAUAUCAAAUGGUUAAAAGGUUCCAAGCAUUCUUUGAUGUCACAGCCCUGGAGAAAUACUGGAAGGUAGUGAGGGACAGGCACUGUUUAUUUAUAAAAUAAAGAUCAGUUACCUGAUUUUGGCAAGAG